AUGCGUGGCGGCGACGGAAAGCACUCGAUGAGCUUCAUCAACAGGCCUUUGAUUCGUUCAAUCUUGUUGAUUCUUCUGGUGGAUCAAGCUGGUGGUGCCAUCCCCACAAGGGUGGUAGACGUUGACAUCAGCAACGCCCAUGGCGAAGUGGUGGACAUUGACCUGGGUUCUGGAAAGCAAACCAACAAACCUGCCGACACUGGGUUGCCAAUAGGAGGCGAGGUUGUGGACUUGGGCUCAAUUCUCUCUCUGCUUUUUGGAGGAGACAUCUCAGUGCCUAGUGGAGGAAACGUCAUAGAGGUGAACUUGGAUCAACCUCCAGUGCAGCAUCCCGAGCCAGCCGAGAGUUUCAUCAUCUUUGGUAUGCCACCAGAGAUCAACGUUCGAUCAAAAUUUGAUCAAGAAACUCAGGUGGAUCCUCACGAGGUGCUCACGUCAUACGCUCCAUGA